AUGAGUGACAGCGUUAAACACCAAUCUCAGAACAAACGUAAGUUUGAGGCCCCCAAACGCGAGCCGAUUGUCAAUUUGUCGAAAUAUGCGGAUACGCAAAUUCGGAUAAAAUUAAUGGGAGGAAGAUUUGUCGUUGGAACUCUCAAAGGGUUCGAUCAGCUAAUGAACUUGGUCUUGGACGAAACUGUUGAGCAUUUAAGAGACCCUGAAGACGACACUAAGAUUCUGGCAGGCCAAACAAGAGAGCUGGGACUCGUGGUUAUUAGAGGUACAAUGCUGGAGACGCUAAGUCCUCUUGACGGGUCUGAGAUUAUAACUGGGCCGUCUGUACAGUAA